AUGUCGUCGAAUACUCAUCAACCAGCAUCACUUAAUAAAAAACAACGACGUAGAAAAGCUCGAGCUAAUUUGCAAGAAACGCAACCGCCUGAUAAUGAGCAGAACGAAAUCGAUCAAACGGAGGCAAUAUUAACCACUGCGCAUAAGCAUCAAGAGACCAGUGAUGUAGCCUUGGAAACCAAAGAAAUGCAAGCACCUACAUUAGACGCUAAUAAACAAGUAGAGGAUAACGCAUCAGCAACAAUUCCUAAGUCUGAGAUAAAGUCAAAUGGAGCGAUAGCAUUGGCUGCAAUAGUCAAUACUGAGAAGAACGGUCGUAUAUUUGAUGAGGAAACACCAUCUAGUUCACCUCAUUCAACACCUCCGAUAAUUCGACGUCGAAUGAAACGUAUUCCAAUAACAUCAGCCAUUCCUUUAUUGCCUCCAGUUGACCAAACCACUGGUCCACCACCUAAACCAAUGCCCGGCACAAAAGGUACCUCAACAGAAGUCUAUGUUAAUCAUUUUCCCGUUAGAGUAGCAUCUGAUUUGAUGCUUUAUCAAUAUGAUGUUAUCAUAGAAAAACCCAAUUUUCGGUCACAAAGCACUUGGGAUGAAGUACUGAGUCGUGAUCAUCGUCGACGAUUUGUACAACAAUUAGCUGACAACAAUGCAUUUGAUUAUAUAUACUGGUAUGAUGAAGGUAAAUGUUUUUAUUCAACAACGCAUCUAAGUCAACACCGGUUUCCAAUAAUUUAUACCCUUCCGUCCGGUCAUCAAGACAAUUUUCGUUUAUGUAUUCUUAAAUUAGCUGGUCAAUGGUCAACAUCAACUAUAGUUGAUUAUCUUCGUUCACCUAAUUCCAAUGUCCCAUUGAGUGCUAUUCGUAUACUAGAGACAUUACUCAAACAAGCUCUAUUACCCGUCACUCAUUGUGAAGGUUCAUUAUUUUAUCGAGAUCAACCUGAACCUGAUAAGCGUUUACCAGAUGGUUUUGAAUUACGUUUAGGAUUUUUUCAAGCAUUAUGUUUAACACAAAAAGGAUUAACAUUAAAUUUACAAACAACAUUAACAAAAUUCUAUCCAUAUAUGGAUAUACUUGAUUUUCUUCAAGAACAUUUAAAAAAAGAUAUUCGAAAACAUGGUAUGACAAAUCAUGAUUAUGAAAAAGCUAAACAAGUAUUAAAUGGUUGUAAAAUAACUACAAGACAAUCAAAUUAUACACAAAUUUAUCAAAUUCGAAGUUUUUCUGAUAUUCCCGAACGACAAGUAUUUGAUUUUAUAAAAGAAGUCAAUGUAAAUGGACAAAAAACUCAUUCAACUAUUCACUAUAAUCUUGUUGAUUAUUAUCGUCAUGAAAAAAAUAUUCAACUUCAUUAUCCAAGAUUACGUUGUUUACAAUGUUAUUUUUUACAUGAAAGACAUGAUCCAAAACAUUUACCUAUGGAAGUUUGUCGAAUACUACAAUGGCAAGAAUGUGAACGUGAGGUUUGUUUUUAAUUAAAAAAAAAAAAUAUAUAUAUAUAUAGUCAAAACCAAAAGUUGAAGUGAAAUUAAUUUUUCAGUAUUUUUUUCACAUUUUAUUUUGCAAUUCUUUUUUUUUCAUAUUAAGAGGUAUGGAUCUGAUUCAAAUGGUGAUAUAGAUAGUACGAGAGGCCAACUACAUGAUGUAUUAUAGAACG